CUCUUAUUGGUAGCAGCCUUACUCCACAGUGCACUACCUGCUGGACUGUGCGACUGGAACUCAUUCCCUUCUCUCCACUCUCUCUACACUGACUGGACAUCUAAGCGGUGAGGAUGGCGAGCACUUUCACUCGAAUGCUGUCCGGCCGCAACGCAGCUGUGCUCAUGGCCAGCCUCGGGGCAGGCACCCUGGGGGCUGGCUACCUGAUGAGCGAGACUGGCGUGUCUGCUGCCGAGAGGAAGAAGCUCUAUCCCCCCAGCGCUGACUACCCAGAUCUGCGCAAGCAUAACAACUGCAUGGCGUCUUCUCUGACCCCUGCAAUAUAUGGUCGCCUGAGGGACAAGGAAACCCCAAAUGGCUGGACAUUGGACCAGUGCAUUCAGACUGGGGUGGACAACCCUGGGCAUCCAUUCAUCAAGACUGUAGGCAUGGUGGCUGGUGAUGAGGAGAGCUAUGAGAUGUUUGCUGAGCUCUUUGACCCAGUGAUCAAGGACAGACACAAUGGCUAUGACCCAAAGAUCAUGAAACACCCUACAGAUCUGGACAGCUCUAAGAUCACCUCUGGGAUGUUCGAUGACAAAUAUGUGCUGUCAUCCCGUGUGCGCACAGGCCGCAGCAUCCGUGGCCUCAGCCUUCCCCCAGCCUGCACGCGCUCUGAAAGACGUGAGGUGGAGCGUGUGGUGGUCCAGGCCCUGUCUGGCCUGAAAGGGGACCUGUCUGGCAAAUACUACAGCCUGACUGACAUGACUGAGAGGGAGCAGCAACAGCUUAUUGAUGAGCACUUCCUCUUUGAUAAGCCAGUGUCUCCUCUCCUCACUGCAUCUGGAAUGGCCAGAGACUGGCCAGACGCUCGAGGCAUUUGGCACAACAAUGAGAAAACAUUCUUAAUCUGGAUCAAUGAGGAGGACCACACCCGCGUCAUCUCCAUGGAGAAGGGUGGCAACAUGAAGAGGGUCUUUGAGAGAUUCUGCAGAGGACUGAAAGAUGUGGAGAGGCUGAUUCAGGAGAGAGGCUGGGAGUUCAUGUGGAAUGAACGUCUAGGCUACAUCCUGACUUGCCCAUCCAACCUGGGCACCGGACUAAGAGCUGGAGUCCAUGUCCGCCUGCCACUCCUCAGCAAGGAUCCACGCUUCUCCAAGAUCCUGGAUAACCUCAGGCUACAGAAGCGCGGUACGGGAGGUGUGGACACUGCUGCUGUAGGCGACACUUUUGACAUCUCCAACCUUGAUCGGCUGGGCAAGUCUGAGGUCGAGCUGGUUCAGUGUGUGAUCGAUGGUGUCAACUUUCUGAUUGAGUGUGAGAAGAGGCUGGAGAAAGGCCAGGACAUCAAAGUUCCAGCACCCAUCCAGUCCAGGAAAUGAGCAGUUUCGUCUCAGAGCGUCCAGCUGAGAGCUUGGCUGAUGAUAGACCCACAGGCCGUGCCCUCUGCAAUCUCCACUACUACUGCAGGUCUUACUGGAAAUCUAAACUCAAUAAAUCCUUCUAAUAAAACCGC